AAAAAGGGAGAUAAACAAUGAACUGUUCUCAAUGUAAUCAAGAGGUUAGAGAUAUAUGGUAUGAGAUGGAAUCAGAUAUGUAUUUUUGAUAUUCCUGUAAGAUCGACCAUCAGAAAAAAUAUCUUUUCGAUAAGUUUGUCCAUAUGAAACCUAAAACAUCCUUGUCUCAGGGAGUCGAAAUAGUAAAAGGUACUUUAAAUCUCUGAGCUGAAGCUCUUUCUAAGAAAUUUAAAGAGUCAAUACCUCCUCGCCUUCAGCAAGAAACUUCCUCUAUUGAAAUUAAAUUGGACAACUAUAAGAGGGAAUUGGGAAGAAUGAAUUCACUAUUGGAGGCUCAAGAAGUAGAUCAGGCUAACUACAACUACAUCAAAAUCUUGAAAGAUAUCUUCCAAACUGACUGCUUCUUCAACUUUUGGGUAAAUGAAAUAACUAAACUGAUUGAAUCCCAGAGAAAUGGCAAAGAUAUUCAAGAGGAUUCCUCAGAACUUUUGCCUGACCUGAGUUCAAUAAAUCCAGAAGAAGAUUCGAAAAAUUCUCUUUAUUUUUCUAAUGUGCAAUUAUAAGCCAAAAUCAAGGAAGAAAUCCCUCAGAAUCUUCUCGCCUAAUACAGCAAGAGGAAGGCAAAGUAAAUAGACGAUAUUUUGGCGAUCCUGAAGAAGAGGAGCAGACUUCAAUCAAACCCAAGCAGGGUCUGCAUGAAUACUCAAACUAUACCAAUUCCUCGUUUUUAGACAAAAAGGAAAAAUCUUCAGUCGAAAUUAACCUAUCAGAAAGCGAAGAGGAGUCAUAUUCAUUAGCAAAGAUUAAUUCCGUUCAUUCAUUUAAAAUCAUAGAGAACGAGCAGAACUGGCUAACAGAUCAUUUCAAUUCUUGUCCUGAUCUUUGAGCCAAGCUUCUUGAUGAAAAGACUUAUGAGAUUGAUUGAAGCAACCUUGAGCAGCAAGACUUGUUAGAGUUUGAUAAAAAGGAUCCAGUAUUACCAGAGCUUGCCAGAAUUUCAUUCACAAAUAUUCCUCCAUAUCUAUAUUCUUUAAAAGAACUCCUUAGAGAUCGUAUCAGAAACAAAGUCUCAACUCUCGAGUUCUCCUGGAGCAAAGAAGUUUCAGCUGAUGAAUACAUGGAGUCUAUUACUCAAGCUGUAAAGCAUGUCUCCAGGAAUAUUUUACUCACCAAUUUUAUCCUAAAGGACUUUUCACUCUUAGCAGACUUAUUUCACACACAUUUUAUAAAUCCAAUGAAAUGAAUAGAUAAUCUGAAGAAGAUCAUUUCUAACUGGAAAGCAAUUCCUGUAAAACAAAGCAUUCCAAUUGUGAUCGAGAUCUCCAAAGCAGAGAAAGGCGAAGAAGAUACAAUCGUUGCUAGCCUGGAAGAAAAGAACAUUCUGAUUUGUUGGAGAGCUAUCAAUAAUGAUAAAUCCAACAGGGCAUAAUGAGAACAAGUAAGAUGUCAUGUCAACUUUUGAUUGGCUCAUCCAUAUUUGAUAAUAUCUAAUUGCAAUCUGACUGAGG